AUGCAAACAGAUAAAUAAUUUGUUACUUUUUCUCAAUCAGAUUCAAGCAUACUACACCAAUUAUUGAAUUAUUUUUAAGACGUAUUUGAAUAACUUGAAAAUGAAUUCAAUUUUAAUCUUGAUUAAAUACGAUUUCCUGUCUUGUCGUUAUUAGAUUCACUAGAAAAAGAGGAUUAUAUUUAGAGCUAACAUUAAAUUGAUGGAAUCGAUAAGGAUUCUUAUCAUGAUCAUAAAACUUAAAUUUGGGAAUAAAUGAAGAGAACAUGCUUAUCCAUUAUAAUUGAGAAAAAAACUUAAGUAGAAUUUGAGUUGAGUUCAAAAAUCAAAUCUAAAGAGAAAAUAUUUAAUUUAUUAAUAGGAACCUCAUAAGAGAAAUAUGGGUAAAAAUUACAAAUAGUAUAAAAUAGAUCCAAAAUUUUAACAGGCCCAACCUGCUUAGGAAUAAAACAUGGUAAUUUCUACUUUGUAAAUAAAGACGGUUUGAAAGAAAAGGUAUUAAUUUUUUAUCAUAAAGGCUGGAAUGAUGUAUUUAAAUUUUGAAAUUAAUACAUGGAUUUUUUCUGGCAGAUAUAUUUAAUUGUACAAAUCAUUAAGAAAAAAUUUUAUCGUUAUAUUUUAAAUGGGUAAAAUCGUUUAUGUGGAUGAUGGAGAAAUAAUUGCUGAGUACUUUUAAUAAUUUGAAUAUAGAAAUAAAGCUGAUGUUCUGGAUAAUUCUUCUUCUUGGGUUCUUUUUAAUUUAGAUUAAAUUUAUUAAUUAAAAUGGCACGGAAAUUAUGGAUCAAAUGGAAAAAAAAUUGGGAAAUGGAAGCCAAGCUUGGAAGCUCAACAAAUAACAAAUGCAGGAGGAAAUUAUGAAGCAAACGGGGUUAAAACGGGACAAUGGAUAGAACUGUAUCAAGAUUAUACAAAGUACUUAUUAUGUAAUAAUGAAGAAUUUCUAAAGCGUAUUUUGUUGGAUAAUAUAAAGAUGGAUUAAAAUAAGGAAAAUGGAAUGCAUACUAAAACAAUAAAAUUAUGUAAUAACAUACCAUUUGAAAUAAAUUUAUAGAGGAGGAGGCAGUUAUGAUGAGAAUGGGGCAAAAUAUGGAAAUUGGGUUGAAAUUGUUGAAAAUUUUUUAGGGUUUAACAAUCAAUUUAUUUCACUAGACUUAAUUAUCUUAAAUAUGAAGGUCAAUAUGAUGGUGGAAAAAAACGUGGGUUGUGGAAAGCUAAUUACAAUUAGAAGACAAUGUAUCCAAAUGUUAUUUUUUUUCUAGAAACCUAGGCUGUUAUGAUGAGAAUGGUUUAAAGAAUGGAAAAUGGGUCAAUUUAUAUAAAUUUUUUAAUCCGUAAUGAUUUAAAUUGGUUUAUUUUAGGAGUUGUAGGGUGAUUUUUAUUGGGUAAUAUAAUAAUGGGAUGAAGAUUGGCUAAUGGACUAUACAAUAAAGAAAAAUAAUUAUGUAAGGGUAUUAAUAAAGUUUUAAGAGGAGGAGGAAUGUAUAAUGAUGAAGGAAAGAAAAUAGGUGUAUGGAAAGAAUUAUAGCCAAAUUUCUAAUUGUAAAUGAUUUUUUAGACAUAUAAAACUAAGAGACUUUGAAGUAUUUUACACAGGGCUAUAUGAGGAAGGGAUAAAAUAAGGAGAAUGGAAGAUAUAUUUUUAGGAUAGAUUAAUGUUUAAAUUUAAAUAAAUAUAGUAGAGGAGGGGGUAAUUAUGAUUCGCAAGGGAUGAAACAUGGUUUGUGGAAGGAUGCACAUUAAAACUUUUCUUAGUAUCUUAUCUUUUAGAUUAAUUUAGUCGAAUUUAGGUUGCUUAUUCAGGAGAAUAUGUAAAGGGUUGGAAAAAAGGAAGAUGGAAUAUUAUGCUGAUUGAUUAAAUUAUGUACAUAUUUAAAGCCUAACCAUAGAGGAGGAGGGAAUUAUGAUGAAGGAAUAAAGUAAGGUAAAUGGAUAGAAGUUGAUGAAAAAUACGCUGAGUAGACAUAUAAUUAAUAAUAAUAAAUAGCUACCAUUAAGUUUUAUGCGUUGGAGAAUAUUCAAAUGGUAUGAAAAUUGGAAGGUGGGACUUUUUGUUUCAAGGAAAUGUGAUGUAUUAAUUAUUUUUUGAUAAGUGGUGGAGGAUAAUAUGAAGAUGGUAUGAAACAUGGAAAAUGGACAAUUCUAGAUUCCAAAUGGAAUAGGCAAUUAUUCAUUAUAAAAUUAGAUAUAAUCAACUCUUUCAAUAGGUUUGUUUUGAAAAUGGUGUGA